AUGGAGAACCAAGCCCCUCAGAUCGACGAGUCUGAGCAACGCGCAGCGAAGCGUCUUAAGGUGGACGACUCCGCGCAGCCUGCAGAGGUGCCCGCCGCCGAGGAGCAGCGCGCUGCUGUUGACGAGGCUUACAAGCACGUGGAGCCCGUCCCUGCCAAUGGCACCGCUGGUGAGAAGACCGACGUCCAGAUGAGCGAGGCCCCAGCAGCCGAUGAAAAGAAGCCGGCCAACGACGGCUCUGCCGUCGUCCAGACUGGCGACGCGACUGCACAGCCGAAAAAGGACGAUAGAGAUGUGAGACGCGGCCAGGCUCCCAUCAAGGCUGAGUUCCUCGUCUAUAGAGAAGGCCAGGCGAAGGAGCAGGACGAGGUCGCUGAUGAUGAUGCGGCCGAGGGCCGUGGUCAGGGCGAUGACAGAGAUGCCCGGGACAACCGAGACAACCGUGACAAGCGCGACAAGAAGAAGCGUGAGAAGGGCCAGAACAAGGAGCGCAGCUUCGGCCACUUUGACGAUGCUCUCCGCCUCUGCAACAGCCGUGCCUAUACACCUGAGUUCUCUCCUCGCGACUGUAAGUUCGGCGACAGGUGCAACAUGCUGCACGACCUGCGCAAGUAUCUCAAGGAGGGUCGUCGUGAGGACCUCGAAACGUUUGACGGCAAGUGCCCCGUUUUUGAGCUACUGGGCAUCUGUCCCUCCGGCUGGAAGUGCCGCUUCGUCAAGAGCCACAUGAAGGAGGUCGACCACGAGGACGGCCGCAAGGAGCUGGUUCUGGUCGAGGAGCCCAAGGUGGCGAAGACGAGCGGCGAGGCCCCCGCCGACGCCGGACGCGAGGAUCUCAGGCCGGGUGUCUACAACAACACGGAGAACCAGCUCAAGAUUGAUCUCAGCCGUAAGCGCAUCGACUUCACCGAAACGGACAAGUACAUCACCUGGAUGAACAAGGAGGCGAGGCUGGGCGACGAGUUCCACCAGCGCCGCAAGGACCAAAUCAUUAGCAACCAGGAGGACCUGCGCGCGCAGUUUGUCGACCCGCCCCUGAAGCCGUCCGAGAAGCGUAAGCUUUACUUUGGCAAGGAGACGCCCGCUCUCGCCCCGCUGACCACCCAGGGCAACCUGCCCUUCCGCCGCCUUUGCGUCGACCUCGGCGCUCAGCUCACCUACUCGGAGAUGGCGCUUGGCAUGCCCCUGGUGCAGGGCGUCAAAAACGACUGGGCGCUGAUGAAGGCCCACGAGAGCGAGAUCAGCCCGCCCAAGGUCAACCCUGACACUAGCAACAUUGUCCAGGGCUACGACAACUCCCGUGACCUCAAGUUCGGCGCGCAGAUCUCGGGCAGCCAAGCCUGGCACUGCGUCAAGUCGGCCGACCUCCUCAACCGCUACGUCCCGCACCUGCGCCUCAUCGAUCUCAACUGUGGCUGUCCCAUCGAUAUGGUCUACAAGGCCGGUGGCGGCUCCGCCCUGCUCGAGGCCCACGGCAAGCUCGAGCGCAUGGUCCGCGGCAUGAACACCGUGUCGGGCGAAAUCCCCAUCACGGUCAAGCUCCGCACGGGCGUCCGGCAGAACCGCCCCACGGCGACCACCAUCCUCGGGAAGCUCGCCUUUGGCUCCCGCGAGAACCGAGACCGUCUUGGCGCCCCUGGCUGUGCCGCCAUCACCCUUCACGGCCGCAGCAGGGAGCAGCGGUACACCAAGAAGGCCGACUGGGGCUACAUCGCCGAAUGCGCCGCCAUGAUCAAGUCGUACAACGAGGAAAAGGACAAGAUCACCGACACGGCGCGCGAGCCCGACGAGUCCACUCUACCCAACGCAAAGGACGGUCGCAUGUUCUUCCUCGGUAACGGCGAUUGCUACUCGCACGUCGAGUACUACGAGCACAUUGAGAAAGCCAAGGUCGACACUGUCAUGAUCGGCCGCGGCGCCCUCGUCAAGCCCUGGCUCUUCGAGGAGAUCGAGAAGGGUCAGUACCUCGACAAGUCGGCGACGGAGCGCCUCGCCUACGUCGAGAAGUUCUGCCGCUUCGGCAUGGAAGCCUGGGGCACCGACGAGCUCGGCAUCGGCUUCACACGUCGUUUCUUGCUCGAGUGGCUCAGCUUCGCGCACCGGUACGUGCCCCUCGGCCUGCUCGAGUACCUCCCGCCCGACCUCAACGACCGCCCGCCGGCGUACCACGGCCGCAACGACCUCGAGACGCUGCUCGCCAGCAAGAACUACCGCGACUGGAUCAAGAUUAGUGAGAUGUACCUGGGCCCGGCCCACCCCAACUUCAACUUCCAGCCCAAGCACAAGUCUCACGCCUACGAGGCCGAGGGCUAG